AUGAUUGUAAUUACCUCAUUAUUUUCAUUAGCAUAUAAUUUAUUUAGAGCAGAGAAUCCAGAAUUCGUGAAACGGUCUUUGAGAUUAGUAUUUAAUAUGUAUGAUAAUAAUCUUGAUUCAAUAUUAUUGAUUUUUUGGUUUUUUGCAGUUAUUAUAAGCACUCUUACAUUCUUUACAAGUUGGAAUGAUAUGUGUUAUGGAUUUAGUGUAAUUCGCUGUAUGAGUCAUAUAAUUGGUUAUAUUUUAUGUUUGAUAAUGUUCCUUUCAUGUGUAAUUAGAGUGGAUACCAAAUCUGAAGAUAAUUCUCAACAAAAUGAUGAGGAGGAAACUGUUCCUUUAUUAAAUGAUGAUGUUGAUGCGGAAUUGAUUGAUGAUGAUGAAAUUAACGUGAGAUGUAUUAAAGCUGAUAAGAAAGAAACUGAAGUUGAUGUAAUUGAUGUUGAUGUGGAAUUAAUUGAUGAUGAUGAAAUUGACGUGAAAUGUAUUGAAGCUGACAAGAAAGAAACUGAAGUUGAUGAAGUUGAUGCGAAGUUGAUUAAAAUUGAUAAUUCAGAAGGACAACAUGAAGUAUAA